AAAAAGUUGAUGUAGAAUUUGAGAAGGGGAAUAUUGGGUUGGGCCGAGAAGCAUGAAGAAGAUAGUGUGGAGAUUCCAACGCCGACGAGAGAUUCAGCCAUUGAAGUGCAGAAGCUAUGGACGCAGAUUCUGAAAAUCGUGAAAAUAGUGAUUCUACCUUUGUUUGGGAUCACAAAUCACAGCUUUACUUCCACGCUAGUAGUGGAUUUUACCAUGACCCUAAUGCCGGGUGGUAUUAUAGCAGCAGAGAUGGUGCUUAUUACAAAUUUGAGGAUGGGAAUUAUGUACUUUUAGAUUCCAAUAAGGACGAUAAUGCAGACACAUAUCUGGGCAAGGAAACUACCACAGAAAGUCCUCAACAAAUCUCUGAGGGGAACGACAUCGAGGAUUAUUUUUCCUUUCUUGAAAAUAGAUCUGAAACAAACCAACAGACAAGAAUCCUGGCUAAUGAAGCACUUGAUGAUGGCACAAAUUCUGUGAGUAGUCCAACUUCUGAAAGGCCACCUCCACCACCAUCCGAAUGGUUAGAGGACACACUUAUUGAUCUGUACUUGUCUGGCUACAAGAAUAUAGCAGUAAGUGAAGUUGAUGGCGUGACAGUGCCGCUGGAAACAGAUGAUGGAUAUAACACUUUAGCAGCUGAUGCUUACAGCAAAACUUAUGAAGUGGAAGGUGAGUGGAACCCAAACCAAGUAGGUGAAAAUGGCUUAGCUGAUACUAAAAGUAUUGUAGAUGAAGGUGUAGCUUACAACAACUCUUAUGAACUGGAAGAGGGUGAGUGGAUCCCGGACAUGGAGGAUGAAUGUGACAUAGCUGAUAGAAGUACCAUAGAUGAAGGUGUGUUAUCGGAUGAAGAGAAAUGGCGAGCUCAAUAUGGUCAAGUUACUGAAUCAGGGAAAGAUUUGGUUUUAGAGGUUCCAAUUGUGGACUUGUGGGAUUGGGAAAUGGUUACGAGAUUCAAAAGAGAUGAAAAAGAUAAAGUUGCAAGGUUGGUUGGAAGAUUGGUCAGACCAUCUGCAAAACAACAUCCAUCUAUCCCUUCUGGUGGAGGGAAAUUAAGAUCUGCUCCCAUCUGUGAAGCACAUCUUGAUCUGGUACGAGUUAGAACAGGACAAGUGUACAGAUUGCGAAAUCCUAGUGCAAAAUACAUGGCUUCAUUAUCAACUUAUGAUUCCUCAAAUCCAACAAAACAUUGGGAUUUUCCCCAGCUAUCACCUAAUAGAAAAAUCACUCAGCUCUCCAAAUCCAGUGAAAGCUCUGCUUCAGUUUCAGAUGAUAUCCCUGUAGAGAAGGAUUUGUCUGCAUUACCAAGUCAGCCCUCUGUAUCUAAGCAAAUUAAACAUCAAUACAGAGAUAGGGCCGCUGAAAGAAGAAUAUUGCAUGGUGGCUUCGGCAUGGGUCCAGGACAGAAGAAUCUGCCUGAUGUUUAUAAUUCGCCAUCUUCACCUGAUGCUGGUUGUCCUCAAGAAGCUGCAUCAGAGGCCUUGGAGAUGUCAUUUGGAGCAGGUAGUUAUGCCAGAAAACUUCUGAAAAGCAUGGGUUGGAAGGAGGGGGAGGGGCUUGGAAGCUCUACGAAGGGCUUGGUGGAACCUAUUCAACCAGUCGGAAAUGUUGGCACUGCAGGUUUGGGAUGGUCUCGUUGAAACGGAUCACAUGCUUAGUAUCUGUUAUAGGGUCUAAAGUGUAAACUUAUUUAUCAUCGAAAUAUUAUGUAUAGGGUUAUUCUAUUGUUAUGACCAGAGAAAGAUGAGGCCCGACGUAGAGAAGUAGACAAGGAAGAAUUCAAAAUAAAUGUUAUCGUGUUAAGCAAA